AUGAAUCAGUUGUUUGGGGUACUGGAGAAACGUGUCUCCUGGUUUAAUUUUGAUUUUGUUGUCCUAUUGGUCAAAGUCUUCAUAACAAAUAGAGGAGUGCAACGAAUUUGGUCUACUUACUCUGAUUUACUGAAAGAUUAUUUUAAAAAUAACAAUGAUCGAGCAAUUAAAGUCGUGAAUGGUGUUGAGUUUGGUGUAUUAGAUGCUCCUGGUACUGAAGUCAUGAUAGCAAAAGUUGCCAAUGAUGAUUACACUUUAAAUGAUUUAUAUUUCUUUCAUAAAGCAAUUGCUGAUGCUCUUGCAAUUCCAGAAUACAAAUUCUAUUUUUGUGAAAUUGAUGAUGGUUGCAUGGAGUUAAAAUAUUCCAUUCCUGAUUUUUUAUAUUUAAUUCUUUUUCCACUUACCAAUCAGCAAUGUCAUUCACUGGCUGCGAUUGGUAUUAUCAAAUUGAGUUGUAACGAGCACGUACAUGAAAUGGAGCAGCUUUCAGAAAAUGAAUUAGGAAAGCUUUCUCACUUUGCCAUUGAUAUUUAUGAUCCUUUGUGGUAUGAGAAUACCAGUACUCCACUCAUUGAAGCAUGUUGGAGAGGAUUAAAAGAUGAAGUACAAUGGUUAAUGGAAGAAUCUGGCUCACAAGAAGAAGGUAUGAAUGGAUGGAAUCCACCAUUAUCAGCUUCAUAUGGUGGCCACAUUGAUGUUCUCAAGCUCCUCAUUGAUGUUUAUCAUUGCGAUCCUUCACAAGGUGAUGAUGAUGGCAUUAUUAGUUUACACAUGGCCUCAUAUAAAGGCCAUCUCAAUAUUGUACAGUAUCUAGUUAAUGAAUGUCAUGUUGAUCUAGAUAUAGCAGAUAGCUCUGGUAACACGGGAUUACUUUACUCAGCACUGGGUGGUCACGUUGACCUUGUGAUUAUGUUUUUAAAGAAGAAGUGUAACGUAUCUCAGGUCAACAGAGAAGGAUCCACUUUAUCAUUAUUAGCAUGUAAGAGUGGACAGGUAGCAUUAGUUCAUCAGCUUAAAAUGUUUGAUAUUUUCUCAGAAGAUGGCAUAGAUUUUAACAGACGUGGAAUAGUACAUUAUUGUGCUAUGAGUGAUAGCGUAGAGCUUCUAGAGUAUCUUAGAAAAAAUUUCAAUGUUAAUUUAAACAAAAGAGAUCGUUUUGGUGCAACUCCACUCCAUAUAGCAUGCCAGUAUGCUUCAUCAGGUUUCAUUAUAAAAGUGGUUAAUAUUUUUGGAUAUAAAGUAUUACUAGAAGCUGAUUAUAGUGGUCACUCUUCUCUUCAUUACUUAUGCAGUGGGUUGGUUGAUAAAUACUGCAUUACAGAAGUGUAUAAUAAGCUCAAAUCACCAUGUGAUACACCUGUACUUAUGCAAUUUUCUACAUUUAAUAUUUCUAUCAAAAAAGACUGGCUAAAACACAUUUUACUAAAUAUAAAUGUUACUAAACAGCAUGAAAGAUUGGGCAUUUUGUCUACACUCCUCAAGAAGACAAGCGUUAUUAAUAAUUUUAAUAUAAAUUUGAUUACUGCUACUGGUCAAUCAUUGGUUCAUUUAGCAUGUUCUAGUGGUAGUGUAUUAUUGGUGAAAACAUUAGAGGAGUAUGGUAUUAAUACAAGUUCAUUAGAUUAUGAGGGUUGGUCUGCAGUACAUUAUGCUGCUUUAUCAGAUCCUCAUGUUAAUGGUGAGGAUGGUGAAGGUGCAGUUCAUUGUGCAGCUCGAACUGGUGCUAUUGAUGUCUUGGAGUAUUUAGUGAAAGAUUGCAGCUGCGAUUUGGAUGAAAGUUAUAUGCACAAAGAUAAUGUAUUCCAUUUAUCUGCAGCUUCUGGCCACUAUUUAUUUAUUAAACAUGUUAUUAACAAUUAUCCACAAUGUAAUCGUUUAUUACAUUUCACUAAUUUUAUUAUUGUCACACCUCUUCAUUUUGCCUGUUUUAGUGGUGUUGUACAACUGGUUACAUUUCUAAUUGAUGAAAUGAAAUGUGACGACAGUAUUGAGGGCGUCAAUGGCUUCAGUUGUGUUGCAUGGGCGUGUUUUUCUGGUAAUCUUGAUCUUUUAAAGUUGUUAAUAACACAAUAUAAACAUGAUCCAAAAAUAUUUAGACACUUAUCAUCAUUCAAAGCUGCAAUAGGCUAUGGACAUGUUCAUAUACUAGAAUGGCUCUUUCAAGAGUAUAAUAUCAAUGCUAUCUCAUAUAAUAAUGGUUUAUUACCUUUUCAUGCUGUACAAUACAACCGUUUGUAUUGUUUAAAGCAUUUAUUAAACAAUUAUUCAUUUGAUAUCAAUGCCACCGAUCCUAGAAAUGAUGCUCAAUCUACACUUCUUCAUGAAGCAUGUCAGGAAGGACAUGUUGCUAUAGCUCUCUACCUCACUAGUCUUCGUCACUUGGAGGAGCAUCAGUUGGAUCUCACUAUUAAAGAUAACAAUGGAAUGGCUCCAGUUCAUGUAGCCUGUGAAGAAGGAUCAUUGAGUAUAGUCAA